AUAUAUUGUAACGCAUGUCGAAUUGAGUUCCCAAGUAUUACAGCAUAUGAAUCACAUUAUGAGGCUAUUCAUCGUAAUGUAUGUUCAGUUUGUCAUAAAAUAUUUCCAGGUUCAGAAUGGUUACAACUUCAUUUAGAUGAAUUACAUGAUGUUAUUUUACAAAUGAAAAAAGCGAAAGGUGAAAAAAUUCACAAGUGCUAUGUAGAAACUUGUAAAAAAAUGUUUUCAACACCACGUAUGCGUCGAUUACAUUUAAUAGAUAAACAUCGAUAUCCAAAAUAUUUCCCUUUCGAUAUUGUUUAUACAGGC